GGUUCAAGAGCUGACACGACCAGUCCUUAUCGUCACAAGAUGAGCUUCUGGCCAAUGUCUACUGGCGGUUUCUUCAGCUCCGCGGCUACAUUGACGAGAAACAUCAGCUUACCCAGUGGGGAGUAUGUCUUGAGCAAGCACUGUCGGGACUCGACCCGGCCGAUGCGCUUGAGGAGUCUACAUUCCUGGCCAUCGAGAUGUUGCGGUUUGGCCUGCUCAACUCCCAGCCGUGGUUCUCCCAUGUUUCCGGGGGUCCUAUGAGGGGAUCAGACGAAGACAAGAGCCAAAACAUGCUGGUUUCCCGCGUCGCCUGUAUCGCCAAACUCCAGCAUAAGAGUAUCGGUUACUCCGGGCCACUAAGCCGCCAGUUGCUCUGCUACCGAUCCCUGAUAUCC